UCACGCCCAUAUGACAAAACGAGGUCUUUCUGACAACCCCACUGAGCUAACUAGACUUAUAUCCAAGUACUCUGAAGUGGGCACUAUUGAAAGUUUAGAAUACGCACGGUUAUUCUUCGUCUGGGCUCAUAGAUGAAGCUAUUUUGGUUUUCGUAGAAAUGGUUAGUCAAGGGGUUGGAGCUGAUAGCUAUACGUUUCCCUUUGUUUUGGGUACUUGUGUAAAAGGGGAAAGGUUUUCCGAGGGGAAUCAGGUACAUGGACUGGCUGUGAAAAUGGGUUUGGGAGAUAAUAUGUUCGUGUCAAACUCAUUGGUGCAUUUCUAUGGAGAAUGCGGGGAGGUUGAUAAUGGCCACAAAGUGUUUGAUAAAAUGUGUGAAAGAAAUGUUGUGUCUUGGACUAGUUUGAUUGAUGGAUAUGUAAGGAUUAACCAACCCAAAGAGGCUGUUACUCUGUUUUUUGAAAUGAUUGAGGGUGGGAUUAUGCCUAAUUUAGUGACUAUGGUGUGUGUGAUUUCUGCUUGUGCAAAGUUGGGGGAUUUAGAUUUGGGGGAAAGAGUGUGUACUUUUAUUGGAGAAUCAGGGCUGAAGGUCAACAAUAUUGUGGUAAAUGCUCUAGUGGAUAUGUAUAUGAAGUGUGGAGCUAGUGACAGGGCAAAACAACUUUUUGAGGGAUAUGGUGAUAGAAAUCUGGUUCUUUAUAAUACAAUUUUGACAAAUUAUGUGCACAAUGGGUUUGCCAAGGAAGCACUUGAUGUCUUGAAUGAAAUGCUACAUCAAGGACCUCGUCCUGAUAGAGUCACUCUAUUGGCUACUUUUGCAACCUCUGCACAAGUGGGUGAUGUUUUUUUAGGGAAGCAAUGCCAUGGGUAUGCUUUGAGGAAUGGGUUAGAGAUUUGGGACUCUGUUGGCAAUGCAAUUAUUGAUAUGUAUAUGAAAUGUGGGAAGGAGGAACUUGGUUGCAGAGUAUUCAAUCAUAUGUCAAACAAGACAGUGGUAUCUUGGAACUCACUGAUUGCAGGCUUUGUUAGAAAUGGAGAUGUAGGGAAAGCUCAAGAAAUCUUCAAUCAGAUGACAGAAAAGAAUCUUGUUUCAUGGAACACCAUUAUUGGUGGUUUGGUGCAAGAGAGCCUGUUUGAAGAUGCAAUUCAUUUAUUCCGUGUCAUGCUGAAUGAGGGGAUAAAAGCAAAUGAAAUGACAAUGGUGAGUGUGGCAUGUGCUUGUGGGUACUUGGGUGCUCUUGAUCUUGCAAAAUGGAUCUACAGCUAUGUUGAGAAAAUUGAAAUCAAUUGCGAUAUUCAGCUUAGCACAGCUCUUCUUGAUAUGUUCGCUCGAUGUGGUGAUAUUUCUAGUGCAAUGGAAGUGUUCAACAAGAUGAAGGUGAGGGAUGUUUCUGCUUGGAGUGCUGCAAUUGGAGCUACAGCCAAGGAAGGAAAUGGUAAACGUGCGGUUGAACUAUUCUACGAGAUGCUCCAAGAAGAUGUGAAACCCGAUGAAGUUCUGUUCGUUGCUGUACUGACAGCAUGCAGCCAUGGGGGUUUAGUAGAAGAAGGAAAGAAUAUUUUUAGGAGUAUGGAGGAGAUCCAUGGAAUCUCCCCACAGAUUGUGCAUUAUGGCUGCCUUGUUGAUUUGCUUGGCCGUGCUGGUUUAUUGGAUGAAGCUCUUAAUGUAAUCAAUAACAUGCCAAUUGAACCCAAUAGUGCAGUAUGGGGGGCUCUAUUAGCUGCUUGUAGGAAACACAAAAAUGAUGAAAUGGCAACUCAUGCAGCUGAGAUGAUUGGUGAGCCAGCCUCUGAUGAAAAUGGGAUCCAUGUGCUCCUAUCGAAUAUUUAUGCUCAUGCAGGAAAGUGGAGUGAUGUUGCAAAGGUGAGGCUCUCCAUGAAGGAAAAAGGGAUAAGGAAAUGCCCUGGCUCAAGCUCAAUUGAGGUUAACGGUGUAAUUCAUGAGUUUACUUCAGCUGAUGAAUCUCACUUGGAAAAAGCUCAAAUAAACAUAAUGCUAGAGGAGAUGUAUUCUAGACUCAGAGGUGCUGGUUAUGCUCCUGACCUAACUAAUGUCUUGCUUGAUAUCAAUGAUCAAGAAAAAGAGUUCUCUCUCAGUCGACAUAGUGAGAAAAUGGCCAUGGCUUUUGGACUCAUUUCUACGCAACAGCGGUGCCCCAUACGUAUUGUAAAGAACCUUCGUAUGUGUUCUGACUGCCAUUCAUUUGCAAAGUUUGUUUCAAAAGUAUACAACCGAGAUGUUGUUGUUCGUGAUAACAACCGUUUCCACUUCUUUCGACAAGGGCUAUGCUCUUGUGGAGAUUAUUGGUAGCGUUGGAAUUUUUUUUAAAGGUACAAUCGUAAUUUUUUCUUACCCCAAAAUAUUUAAUUCAAAUGCCCCCAACCCCCUUCCCCUCCCCCACCAUUACUUUAAUUCAGCCACCACUGAUUACUGAAGAUUAUAUGUAGAAACAAAAAAUAUAUAUGCUCUUAUGGGUUUUUAUAUUAUUUAUGUUUCCUCUUUUUAUUUCUAUUUGCUCAUUAAUUGAUGGAAGCUACGUUAAAACAUGAAAAGUUUUAUUUGGCCUACAAAAUAAUAUUUUUGAGAUAACCAGCCUUAGAUUCCAUGGUUUAUCUUCAUUGAUUUUGCAUCAUUCAAGUUUAUGUUUAACCAAGGUUUUUGAUAAGUAGUUUGUGCCAUUACGUUUUGAUGCAAGAAUGUGUGGUUAUAUACUUAUAUAUAUGCAAGCACAGAAAAUAUAGCAUGUUCUGCUUUGACCUGUUUUCUUUCCCAAAAUUGCCUUCUGACUAUAGGUGAUUGUGCUAUGUUGGAAGGAAAUUCUAAUGGAAGAGAACAAUUUACAUGUGCGCCAAUUUAUGAUUUAUUCCUCCUUUUCAGAUUUUCUUUUCUCAUUUUAUGGGCGAUCUUUUGUUUAGAACUGAUUUGAUAAUGUACAUAUGUGCCAUCUCAUGAGCAAUGGUAUAGCUUGUUGAAUUUAUAAA